UCGCAGUGAAGGCCGCAGCAUCUCAAAGCGUUUACUCGCAGCGAACCAAACUCUUCGAUCGGAAACCCCGCAAAGUAUCUUGAUUCCACGGCAAUACGACAAAGCCACGCGUCAAAGGAUUUGCGGCGGCGGUUCGAGCUCGGUCGGCGACGGGAGAGCAUAUAAUGCACUCCCUCUGCUGCCUUCUCCUCCACACCUCGUGAGCGUGCGUCGCGGUCGAGUGUGAGGAGGUCGGUUCGCUUCCCUUCCAUCUCCUUCACCUCAUCUAUCUCUUGUUGCUGCCUUCCCUCCUCCUCGAGAGACCUACCUCAAAGAAGAAGAAGAAGAUGACAGUGACGCAGGGGAUCACGAUCAUCGACGGAAACCUGGUGGUCCAAGGGAAGACCAUUCUCACCGGCGUCCCGGACAACAUCGUCCUCACCAACGGAAACGGCGCCGGCCUCAUAGCCGGGGCCUUCAUCGGCGCCACGGCCUCGGAUAGCAAGAGCCUCCAUGUCUUCCCCAUGGGCACCCUUCGGGGGGUCAGGUUCAUGUGCUGUUUCCGGUUCAAGCUGUGGUGGAUGACGCAGCGGAUGGGCACCUGCGGCCGGGACGUGCCGCUGGAGACGCAGUUCCUGCUGGUGGAGGCCGACGGCUCGGCCAGCCAGGAGGAGGCGUCAUCCACCGUCUACACCGUCUUCCUUCCUCUCCUCGAGGGCCAAUUCCGUGCUGCCCUGCAGGGGAACGAGAAGGACGAGAUCGAGAUAUGUCUGGAGAGCGGAGACAAAACAGUGCAGACGAAGCAGGGGAUGCACGCAGUCUACAUGCAUGCGGGCGCCGACCCGUUCGAGGUCAUCAGCCAGGCGGUCAAGGCGGCGGAAAAGCACCUGCAGACUUUCCACCACCGUGAGAAGAAGAAGCUGCCUUCACUCCUGGACUGGUUCGGGUGGUGCACAUGGGACGCCUUCUACACCGACGUCACGGCCGAAGGUGUGGACCAAGGCUUGCAGAGCUUGUCCGAGGGCGGUGCUCCGCCGCGCUUCCUCAUCAUUGACGACGGGUGGCAGCAGAUCGGCACCGAGGUGAGGGAUCAAACGGCGGCCGUCGUCCAGGAAGGAGCACAGUUCGCCAGCAGGCUCACGGGGAUCAAGGAGAACGCCAAAUUCCAACGAAAAGAUGGGGAGAUCGACCAGUGCAGUGGCCUCAAGCUGGUCGUCGAUGAAGCCAAGAAACACCGCAAUGUCAAGUAUGUGUAUGUGUGGCAUGCAAUGGCCGGGUACUGGGGCGGGGUGAAGCCGGCGGCGGAGGGGAUGGAGCACUACGAGAGCGCGCUGGCCUACCCGCUGCAGUCGCCGGGGGUGAUGGGCAACCAGCCGGACAUCGCCAUGGACAGCCUCUCCGUUCACGGGCUGGGCCUCGUCCACCCCAAGAAGGUCUUCAGCUUCUACAACGAGCUGCACGCCUACUUGUCGUCCUGCGGCGUCGACGGCGUCAAGGUGGACGUCCAGAACAUCAUCGAGACGUUGGGGGCCGGCCACGGUGGCCGCGUCUCCCUCACCCGCGCCUACCACCAGGCCCUCGAGGCUUCCGUCGCCCGCAACUUCCCCGACAACGGUUGCAUCUCCUGCAUGUGCCACAACACCGACGGCCUCUACAGCGCGAAGCAGACGGCGGUGGUGAGGGCAUCCGACGACUUCUAUCCGAGGGACCCGGCGUCGCACACCAUCCACAUCUCCUCCGUGGCCUACAACACCCUCUUCCUGGGGGAAUUCAUGCAGCCCGACUGGGAUAUGUUCCAUAGUCUCCACCCAGCAGCAGAGUACCAUGGCGCUGCUCGAGCUGUUGGCGGCUGUCCCAUCUAUGUCAGUGACAAACCGGGACACCAUAACUUCGAGCUACUGCACAAGCUAGUCUUGCCCGACGGCUCCAUCCUUCGCGCCCAGCUCCCCGGCCGCCCAACACGCGACUGCCUCUUCUGCGACCCAGCCCGUGACGGCACCAGCUUGCUCAAGAUAUGGAACGUCAACAAGUGCUCUGGCGUGGUGGGUGUCUUCAAUUGCCAGGGUGCCGGCUGGUGCAAGCUCGCCAAGAAGACAUGCGUGCACGAUGCUACCCCCGGGACGCUCACCGGCGCCGUCACUGCCACAGAUGUCAACACAAUCGCCCAACUCGCCGGCCCCGACUGGGACGGCCAAGCUGUCGUCUAUGGCUUCAAAUCAGGCGAGCUGAUUCGGCUGCCAAAAGGCGCAGCUCUGCCGGUGACUCUCAAGGUUCUCGAGUACGAGGUCUUCCAUGUCUGUCCUCUCGAGAACAUCGCCCCAAACAUAUCAUUCGCGCCGAUCGGUCUGCUGGACAUGUUCAACGCCGGUGGAGCGGUGGAGCACUUCGGCGUGCAGGUCACGUCGGCCGACGCUGUGGACGGAGACAACGGCAGUGCCCUCGGCGAGAACCGAGGGAGCACCGCGAGGGUGGUCCUCCGGCUGCGCGGCUGCGGCCGUCUCGGGGCGUACUCGUCCCAGCGGCCUCUCAAAUGCACUCUGGAUUCCUCGGACGUGGAGUUCGGCUACGAGGAAGAGACUGGGCUGCUGACCAUCAACUUGCCGGUGCCGGAGAAGGAGAUGUACAAGUGGAGUCUGGAGAUCCAAGUUUAGCGGCACUUAAUGAUCGAGGGGUUGAGUGUGACGGAGAUCGAAGGUGGAUGUAGUGAUGUCUGAUGAACAACUAGCAUCAAAUAAACUCUCUCUCUCUCUCUCUCU